AUGGCCACUCCUCAAAGCUUCAAGACUCUUCAAGGUGUAGUUGUGCUUUCUUCGUUGUGCAGAGUUCCCACAAUAGCACAACUAAAAAGCCUUCCGCUGGAGAGAUCAAGGUACUUGGCACUCUACAAGCGCUUCUACAGGCUAAGAAUGUUUGUGGGACAGAAUCAGUGGAAAUUGGACCAUUAUUGCCGCAUUCUCCGACGAAGGUUUCAGAGAGAAGAUUUCAACGAAAGAAGAUCAGUGGUUUUGGCGGCCGCUGAUCCGUCAUCUGAGAGUCCAAUUCCCACAUUGGACAGCGAUGGGAUCUUGAAUCGUCUCGUCAAUACUUUGGCUUUUGUUCACAAUUCUACAGUACAUCUUCCAAGUGCCGCAGAUGAGAAGCGACCUUUAUACUUUGAAGAUCUCAAGGUACCUCAAAGAAUGGAGGCUAAAAUUAUAGGAACCAUUCUUGAAAUGGAUAGGUCACAGGAUCCCCGUAUCAAGCAUGAUCCUCAUUAUAAAUGGAUCACUGAUAUUACAUCCACUCUUGCAUCAAUUGAUCCUGAAAUUCCGCCCAAGCAAUUUCCCAAAAAGUUUCCCUCCAGUCCAGGUAUGCUAAUUGGUAUGCGUACACAUGAAAUAACGUUAAUGGGACUCAACGAGACAGUGCAAUUGUGCUUAUAA